AUGAGCUUAAGAUCAGCAUAUGCAAUACAGAUUCAAAUUUGUAAUAUACUUUUAAUUUUUUGUGGAUUAGCAGCAGUUGGUCUUGCAGGAUCACAAUUUUCUAAAGUUUUUUUAAAUAAUUAUAAAGAAAUAGAUCUUCGCCUUUUAAAUUGGAUAAAUAUAUUAUCAGGACUUGUUGGAAUAUUUUGUGUAACACAAAAUCAUGGAAGUAUUCUUUCAAAAGGAUUAUAUAUUUUAAGUUUAUGUUUUGGUAUAGGAACAUGUAUUUUUUAUGGUUUUACAACAUACAGAAUAGUAGAUGAGUAUAAUCAAAUUAUGAAACUUCAAAAUACUAAUGGAUUUAAUCAAGAAUAUUCUAAUGAUGUAGAUAAUUAUGUUGGAAAAAUUGUAAUUUCAAGUAUUAUGAUUGGAGUUUCUUUUAUUACAUGUCUAAUUAAUUUUGUUGCUAUAAUUUUAUUAGAUAAACUUGUUAUUGUAGAUGCUCCAUUAUGGCCUCCACAAACUAAAAAUGAAGAAUUUGAACGUAAAGCUAGUAAAGGUGCACUUAUUAUUUUUGCAUUUAUUAAACUUGGUAUAGCACUUCCUGCUUUAGGUCUUUGUGCUUUUAUGGAGUAUGAACGAGAAAUAUUAGGUGUUAAAAAUAAUUAUAUUAAUAUUGCAUUAGAUCAUAUUGCAUGUAUUUUAGUAAUAGCAUCUGCCAUAGUUGAAUUAUUUGCAUGUUUUGGUAAAUUACAAUUUAUGUUAAAUGUUAAAGUUGCUAUUGGUAUAUCAGUUAUUGCAUCAGUUUGGUGUUUAAAAUCUAUUGAUAUGGGAAUGUAUCCAUUUUAUGAAAAUGAUUUAAAUGCAUAUAGAACAUAUGAAAAAUCUCCAAAUACAUCUAGUAGUACAUCAAAUAAUCCUUAUUAUAUAAUUGCUGCAUGUCAUGGUGUUUUAAUGGGUGUAUUUGCAAUAAUGUUUUUAUUAUGUAUUUCAUCAAUAAUUUUAAGUUGUGCUUCGAUACCAUUAAAUUUAUAUAAUAUAAGAAAAAAAAUUAGCAGAUCAUUAAAGAUAAAAUCAAUUUCAUUAUCAAUUAUUUAUAUAAUAUUAUCAUGUUGUCUUAUUGUAUUAAUGAUUCUUGGAUUAGUAGAAUUACCAUGGAAUGGAAUAUAUAUAGGUGGUGAUUUAUUAUGUCCAUUAAUGUUAUUUUUAGCAACUGGCAUUUUCUUUUCAAAAUAUUUUAAAAAUUUUGUCACUAUACGAUUUGUCUUGUCAGUUUGUUCAUUAUGUAUUGCUGUUGAAAAAACUUGUGCUACUGCUAAUUUAAUUUAUCAAUCUGCAGAUAGAGAAAUUUUUAUAAAUGGAAAACAAGAUAUUUAUGUAGGACAAAUUGUAUUAUAUUCUGUUCAAGCUUUUAUUCUUGGUAUUAUAUCAUUAAUAAGUUUAUUAAGUUCAAUUCUUUAUGGAAGAAGAAUAGUUUCAAUACCAGAUCCCGUACGUGAAAAUAAUCAAGGAUUAUCUAUAUUUUUUUCAUUAGGAACAUUAUUUUAUGGUGUUAUUCUUACAGGAUGUUAUGUUGUUUUUGAAUUAGGAUAUUGGAGAUAUGAUGCAAAAUAUUUAGACUCACCUUUUUUUAGAAUGGGUAAUGGACCAUUAGCAUUAGGUGUAUUUAUAGUACAAUUUGUAUGUGCUUGUAAUUCAAAGUUUUUAAUUUCUACAAUUAUUUUACAAACUAUUGUUGCAGGAAUUGCAUCAUAUACAAUUUCAUGGGCUAUAACAAAUACAUAUUAUUUGCAAAUAAUUAUUAAUGCUUCAGAUAUUUUACAAAAUAAUUUUAUUUCAGAAACAAUUAUUGAAGUUGGUUUAAUUCUUGCAGCUGGUGCUUCAUUAGCAUGUGUUAUAGGAAUUUUAUGUUCAGCAAUUGUUAUAAUGAAAUCAAGUUUUAUUUUACAUCAUGGAACAGAAAGUAGUACUAAUGUUGAUACUGAUAUUAUUGUUGUUGGAACAUCAGAAAGUAGUGCUAAUAAUUCUGAGAUACAACGUGCUACACCAGCAAUUGUAAGAUCUAAAAAUUCUACAAAAGCAUAUUGGGAUGGAGAUGAUACAAAUUCUAGAGAUGAUCGAAGAUAUUAUAAUCAACCAUAUGAAAUUGAAAAUAAUGAAGGUAUUUAUAAUUCACAAAAAAAUCGUGAAAAUUCUCAAACUAAAGGAAUAAUAUAUGAAGAAGAAAUUUAUAGAGAAAUUCCAUAUAAUAAACAGCGCCAAAAUAGUUCAACACAAACAGAAACUAUACCAUAA